UUCUCUUGGAAAAGAGGAAAACCCGUCAACGAGCUACAUCUCCGCCGGCCACCGCCGUGACGCCCUCACCAUGGCCAUGGCGGCUCCUGCCACCGCGAAUCCGCUCCAUAGCCCAGUCCGCAUCCAUGCCCCGCUGACCAGAGAAUUUGCGUGUUUUCCCAACACCAAAGUCUCCGCACUCGAACGAGGAGGUACUAGACGAGAUGGAAGGCGGCAGCGGCGGCCACGAGAUCCAGUCGCUCUACUGCGAAACAGCUUCAACUGGUGACUCGAUGGACAUAAUCUGUGGGCUCUCGCGUCAUUCAAAGCUGAGACCUCGCCAAUCGUUGGAGAUAUUUUUUCCUUUGCUGAAUUUGGAAUGCUUUCGUAAGUUUUUAAUUAGUUUAGUCUGAUAGUUUUGGUGAGCUACAAAAAUUAGGACCAAUGCCUGAAUAGACCUACAAAGAUUUUGAUUUUCUCUGGUAGCUGAUUGUUUAAUUAUUUAAUUACUUAUAGGCUAGCUACUUGUUGACAUGCCAGUAUGACACACUGCUGUGAUAUAUGGUCUUAUGAUAUUAUAUUAAGCAACCAAUGAUCUGCAGAUCCUGACCUACAAGUUAAUGAUUUUAACGAUAUCUUCAAUUUUUGGAAUUUUGGCACAUGUUAUUUAAAAUUUAUUUUGCUGUACCUUCCAUAAAUGCUAAUGGUAAGAGUUUUCUUUUCUCACUCACCACCACAAACUUCUUCAUAAUUGCUAAAAUGUUGGAAUCGUUUUUUUACAAUUCCUAACAACCUUUGCUUGUAGAUAAUGAUAAUCUGAACUUCCUUUAUGUUAUGCGGCACACAUUGUGUUUCUUUGGUACAUCCAACAUGGAUAACAACUGGCAUGAAAGACAAUAGACGACUCUAGGUUAACGUCCAAGCAUCAGGGUUAUGAGUCUAUCUAGAAAUAAAAGCACGCCUUGACUUUUGGAGGACUCAGAGAUUCCAGAUACUCAAUCCUCUAUUUAGUUUUCUUGCUCAAUGUUUUUUUCAGUGAAAGAUAAGAUAAGACAACUAAAAGCUCAAUAAAGUAGCAGAUCUGAAGCAUAAAGGACAUAGCACUAAUGGAAGCUUUGUGCCUGCAUGACUUGUGGGAUAACCAAGCUUGUACUCACAUGAUAUCUCUCAAUUAGAAGUAAAGCUAACAUAGAAAAAAACAGGGUCUCAAAGGUGCAUAACAUAUGAGCAAUCUGCGAUGUGUAAUUACAUAUCUUAUCAAACAAAUGCAUAAAUACACAUAUAGAGAAACAAUACAGAAAUGAUCUUAGAUAAGCUUGCCAGCAGUUUAGAAUGUGCAAAAUAGAUGCAACCAUUAGUCCAUUACUUGUGCUACAAUCAAAAUGUUUUGCAUGUUCAACAUGAGUUAUCAAGCCUCCAACGCCUAUAAAAAUAGCAUUUCCUAUGUCAGAAUUCAUAAGUAGCUUUUAAGAACAACUGAGAAGACAUAGCUUGGUCAAUUGAAAUACUUGUUUACCUCUGCAAUGGAAAGUAAUUAUGGAUGUCCACCACCAAGGAAGGGAAACCUGAUCACCGUUUUGAGUAUUGAUGGUGGUGGGGUUAAGGGUAUCAUCCCUGCUACCUUCCUUGCAUUCCUUGAAUCUAAACUUCAGGAUCUUGAUGGGAGCAAUGCACGCAUAGCUAACUACUUUGAUGUCAUCGCUGGUACAAGCACAGGUGGCCUCAUUACUGCUAUGCUAGCUACUCCAUCACCGAGCAAUGCUAAGCAACCAUGCUAUGAGGCCAAGGAUAUCGUGCCAUUUUAUCUCAAGCAUUGUCCUCACAUCUUUCCAUGCAGGACCGGAUUUUUGAGUUGGUUGUGCAAGAUCAUACACAUAAUUAAGCUGAUCAUUGGGCCGAAAUACAAUGGGAAGUACCUCCACAAAAUAAUCAAUGAUCUGCUUGGUGAGACGAGAGUGAAGGAAACAUUGACAAAUGUUGUGAUUCCUACUUAUGAUGUUAAAUGUGUAAAGCCAACAAUAUUCAGCACAUUUAAGGCAAGAUCUAAUUCCUUGAUGGAUGCUCGUCUUGCUGAUGUGUGUAUUGGCACAUCUGCAGCACCAACCGUUCUCCCUGCACACUAUUUUGAAACUGUGGAUUAUCACACUGGUGCAUCACGCAGCUUCAACAUUAUUGAUGGGGGCCUUGUCGCAAACAAUCCGACUCUGGUGGCAAUCAGUGAGAUAACAAAGCAGAUCCGGCUGAGGAGCAAGGAAUUCCCUGAAACCAAACCCUUGGAUUACCAUAGGUAUCUGGUAAUAUCAUUAGGCACAGGUCUUCCAGAGCAAGACAUCAAGUUUGACGCAUUGCAUGUUGCUAAGUGGGGAUUUUUUGAAUGGCUUGGCCGGCACUUUACAAUGCCUUUGCUGCACAUGUUCUUACAUGCUAGCUCAGACAUGACUGAUAGUCAUGUUGCGAACCUUUUCAAAUCAAUCGGAUGCUCAGACCAACUGUUGCGCAUUCAGGACCACAACAUACCCAUAGCGUCUGUGUCAGCUGACCUUGCAACAGAGAACAAUCUUCAAGGGCUGGUUAAAAUUGGAGAAAACCUCCUGCAUAGGCCACUAAGCAAGGAUGAUUGCAAGAUCAACCACGUCGAGCCAAUGCCAAAAGAUAGCUGUACUCUAACCUAUGCUGAUCUGGUCACACGGUUUGCAAAGCUCCUUUCUGAUGAGAGGAAGCUUAGGCUCCAGAACAUAGAACUGGAUGCGAGGGUCUUAGCGAACCAUGAAAGGUGAGCUCUUCAGAACACAUGAUCCAUGCCCAUCUUAGCAAUUCGUGUUGAUUACUAUAAGCAGUUGUGUGUAUUACAUGUUCUUGAGUGUGUAAAUGGUGAAGUGACGUGUUAGCUCAGAGCCCUUUAUAAUUGGACAAAUUGUAAUGCCUUGGCGUGCCAGGCUAUCUAGCUGUGUGUAAUGUGAGUGUGAGACUAUGUCAUGGUGUGGUGAACUGAUCAGCAUCCUAGACUGUAAAUUACUAUCUGUUGCUCGUAUUGAAAAUAAAGUAUGUUGUGAUUAUUCCA